AUGGCACUGUCAGCCAGCUCAAAGCUAUGCAAGGACGUGAAGAAGACAUACAUGGAGCUGCCACAAGGAGAUAAAGUCCAGGCUAUGUAUAUAUGGAUAGAUGGUACAGGAGAAGGUGUACGAUGCAAGACUCGAACACUGGACAGCGAACCCAAGUCUGUUGAAGAUUUACCAGAAUGGAACUUUGAUGGCUCUAGUACCUAUCAGUCUGAGGGAUCAAACAGUGACAUGUUUCUGAUCCCGGUGGCCAUGUUUAGAGAUCCUUUCCGGAAAGACCCCAACAAACUGGUGUUGUGCGAAGUGCUGAAAUACAAUAGAAAAAUUGCAGAAACAAACCUUCGAAAAACAUGCAAGCAGAUCAUGGAUAUGGUAACUGAUGAACAUCCAUGGUUUGGCAUGGAACAGGAAUACACUUUGCUUGGAGUGGAUGGACAUCCCUUUGGCUGGCCUUCUAAUGGUUUUCCAGGACCUCAAGGUCCCUAUUACUGUGGAGUCGGGGCAGACAAAGCCUAUGGACGGGAUGUGGUGGAGGCUCAUUAUCGGGCAUGUCUGUAUGCCGGUGUGAAGAUUGCAGGAACAAAUGCAGAAGUGAUGCCAGCACAGUGGGAGUACCAGGUCGGCCCAUGUGAAGGAAUCGACAUGGGAGACCAUCUGUGGAUUUCUCGCUUUAUUCUGCAUCGAGUCUGUGAAGACUUUGGAAUCAUAGUUUCAUUUGACCCUAAACCUAUUACAGGAAACUGGAAUGGAGCUGGUUGCCAUACCAACUACAGCACAAAGAAAAUGCGAGAGGAUGGAGGCCUCAAGUAUAUUGAAGAUGCCAUUGACUGCCUUAGUAAGCGUCAUUGUUACCACAUUCGGAUCUACGACCCCAAAGGAGGAUCAGACAACGCACGUCGCUUAACCGGCCACCAUGAAACCUCCGACAUCCAUUCAUUCUCUGCAGGAGUGGCAAACCGCUCUGCAAGUAUCCGUAUUCCACGUCAGGUUGGGCAAGAUCAGAAGGGAUAUUUGGAGGACCGCCGUCCAUCGGCCAACUGUGACCCCUACGCUGUGACAGAAGCCUUGAUUCGGACCACCAUUCUGAAAGAAACUGGAGACGAGCCUGUGGACUAUAAAAACUAA